UUUGUCUAAGAAAUAAACCUAGCAUAUUGCAAAAUGUUGUGUGUGUAGUGUGUACCAAGAAUUACAAAUUGCCUUCUCUUUCAGUGAACUCUAAAAAAACAACUUGGGAAAUAUCAUCUUCUUCAACCAUGGAGGAUGUGAAUUCUGUCACUCAAAGCUCUGAACAGCCCAUCAAAAUGGCCGAACAUGUGAUUAUUCAAAACCCUCAACCAAACAUUUCUGAAACUGAAACUGAAACUGAAAAAGGAAAAGGAGAGCGUCAAAAUAUUCAUGAGGAAUUCAUUCACAAGAAUCGCCUACAAGAGUUGACCCAGCGGUCGUCCCUAGGUCGUCCUGUUUAUCACACUGUCAAUGCAAGCUCUCAGCAUGCACCCCUCUUUAGAUCCAGUGUUUUGGUUGAUGGGGUUUGGUAUACCUCUCCUAACACAUUUUCACAUGUAAAGGCUGCAGAGCAGGAUGCCGCCAAAGUUGCUUUGAUUGGCGUGAAAGAAAAGCUGAAACAUGAGGGAUGCCCUCUUAUUCGUGAGGAUACAGUGUUUUGCAAGUCUAUCCUGAAUGAGUAUGCUGUUAAAAUGAACCUGGAGAAACCUACUUAUCAGACAAGUCAAUCUAUGGCAGUGCUUCCUGUUUUUAAGUCUACCUCGUUCUUCAAUGGUAUUCAUUAUACGGGAGAAAUCGGGAAAAACAAGAAAGAAGCUGAACAGCUGGCAGCUCGAGCAGCAGUUAUUUCCAUCUUAGAAACUGGUGCUGGAACAGUGAUGUUUGAGAUCAUCAAGUCUAAACGCAAGCUUUAUGCUGCACUAGAUAAAGUUCAGGAUACAGGUGAUGUUAAUGCUGGCUUCUUGCCAAUGGAAUUUGGUCGUCCACUUCAUGUGGAUAAAAGAAAAGAAGUUGAAAUUAGUGAAGGUGCUGGGAAAAAGGCUAAUAGUGGACUUUUAGCAUAUAGUUUGGGACAACCUAGUGAUGUUCAGGCACCAGAUCAGCUUCAUGUAUUUAAAAGACCAAAAUCAGGAUCUUCAAUAGUGGAAGUGGCGCCUCCCAUAGUAUUUGUGCCCCCUGUCCUGGAUCCAUCUUUGCUUUGCUCAACUUCUGGAAAGAAACGGCGAAACAAGAGAAAAGCAAAGAAAAAAAUUGUGCAAGUUGACCCUCAGGUGCCUGCUUCUACGUUGCCAUUGGCUCAAGCUCCGCCCUGCUCGGUGACACAGUGAGUUUCUUAGGCGGUUAUUAUUUGCAGAGGUGAAGGAACUUAAUGAAACGCCAAUUGUGUUUGCUGGGAUUAGUUCAUCGUUGGAAUAUGUUGCAUAUCUGGAAUGGAGUCCAAUAUCUGUUACCACUUACCUGAACAACGCAUAAAUGUAUGUUAAUCUUCUGUAAGUUGUUGCUCCUUGUAGUAACUUGGUACAGACAGUGUCCGCCUUGUCGAAGACAUGCAACUUUUGCUGUAGUCGUGGAUAGUUUCUUUAUGGGUUUGAUAAAAUACUGGUGUCUUUCUAGUUUUUGGCACAUUUUUUUACUACUUAUAGC